UAAAGUUUAAUAAAAAUCGCGCCCCAGAAUGAAAAUCGGCCCUUUCUGAUCAAACAGCCACAAUGAAGGCGAACUGUGGAGGAAACCUCAUGUUUAACAUGUAUUUCUCAGAUCCAACAGAAAAUUUAUUAAAAGAAGGGAAAAGUUCGUCCUGGAAUCCAAUUAAUACCGGGGUACAGAAAGGGAGUGGACAAAUUCAGCUAUGGCAGUUUCUACUCGAACUCCUGUCUGACAGCUCCAACAUAACCUGUAUUGCCUGGGAAGGAACUAAUGGGGAAUUCAAGCUCAUAGACCCAGACGAAGUGGCCAGACGCUGGGGCGAGCGGAAGAGUAAACCCAACAUGAACUACGACAAGCUGAGUCGCGCGCUCCGUUACUACUACGACAAAAAUAUCAUGACUAAGGUCCACGGAAAACGUUAUGCGUACAAGUUCGAUUUCCACGGCCUGGCCCAGGUGUGCCAACCCUCCUCUACUGAACACGCUCUCUAUAAAUUCCAGAGCAAUUUCGCUCCCAUCCCGUUUUCAGGGAUUUCAAAGCUCAACCUCGUCGCUCCAGGCGUUGGGCCAUCUGGGUUCUCGUACUGGCCGGGCUCUCCACCGACUCUUUACCAUAGCCACAACCUGCAGCCUACAGGACCGUUUGGUGCUGUGUCUGCGUCACAUAUCAGCUGUGUCAACAAUAUAAACAAUUUGAAUAAUAUAAAUAACCACUACAACUGAACGUUGAUGUGUGUGUAUAAUCUCUCUCUCUCUCUCUCUCUCUCUCUCUCUCUCUCUCGCACAAAUGGGUAAACUUCUGUUUUAGGGGAGAGUCGCUAUGAAUGUAACAGUUUUCUUAUUUACUCAUAAAAUGUUUAGCCCAGCACGAUGACAUUUUUACUUUAACAGCUUUGACAGUAGUCAUUACACGUUUCAUUUAUGUUCGUAACUUAAUCGAGUCGAAUACAAUUUCAACCAAAGCUGGCUACAAGCAGUCCGAUGUUACAUUCAUACCACCUAGUGGACACGGGCGAAAUAAUUGUAACAGUAAAUGCAAACGACCUAUAAUGUGCGUAUGGAGGUUUUUUUUUUUUUUUUUUUUUUUUUUUGCACAUACUAAUUUUAUUCAAGGAAACACAUUUCUAACGGUGACGUGAGAUAAGCCACAUCCACAGAUUAUGGGGCUUUAUUCUUGCCUGGGUCCAGACCUUUGAAUCCGCCCACUGCAGCCUGCAAUGUCAGACUGAAGAUGGAAAUGGAGUGUAACGAGUUGACAAUUCUGUCUGAUAUCAGGCUAGCUUUAUUUAUGAAAAAUGACUGUGCGUAAACAUUGACACACAAGAAUCUUCAUAACUUACCAUCCAAAUCCACGAGGAAAUCGCCUGUUAUUUGUUUCUUAACACCCAUGUAAGCUUUCACAAAUCAAAUAGCCUACCAUACAGUCCAACCUGGUGUGUGCUUAUUAUAAAUACCUGUGACUCGGCAGCUGUUUCUACUUGGAGCAUCCAAAAGAUGAUGCUAAGUAAAAUAAUGUUAAUAAAUAUGAAACACCAUUUAAAAUGGCUGAAGUCUCCCCAAAAGGACACUACAUGUAGCUGGUUUUCAACACUAUCUAUUGUCCCUAAUCUCCAGAUAUGAAGCCCUCUGCAUGACCUUGGGUACCAACCCUCUCGUUUUCUCUUUAGAUGCCAUUCUGUAAAGAUAUAACAGCAAAAAGGCACAUUGUUUGUUAUAGCAUCUCAAAGGCGACAUAAUUGUAACACCGGUUACAUUUACGCAAACGGGAACAUUCUAACUUUUCAGAUAACAUCUAACAUACCAACCUUUCAAGGACGGAUGACUGCUUAAAAUGAUGUAUGAUUCGAAUACUUGUUGGCCUAAAUAAUUCCUCUUAUCCGAAAGUUACUUCGACAGCUUUUUACUUACCUCGCUCAAAAAGAUGUAUUUCCCACGAAAUUGUCUAAUCGCUCCAUUCUUUUGGCACGCCAUAGAGGUCUGAAUUGCGCGUGUUCACAAAGUUGAAAUGGCUACUGUAGCAGCAUUGUACAAAAAGUUUUUGUUCUUCUUACAUUUACGAUGCGUUACAUUCGUAGCAACUGUGCCCUAUUCAUCCUUUUUAUCAUAGCUUUUUCAAAAAGGACAUUGAUGAAAAGAUAUUAGACCUAAAAUUGGCUUUACUUAGAUUUUUCUCUUAUUUAAAUGAAGAUUCAACGUAGGCUGCUGAAAUGCAAUGAGCAGCGAAAGGUUGAUAUCUCAACAUUGUACUGCCGCCUGUCACUUAGUGGAACAUUUCAUUAGACAUUUUCAAUGUUCUACUGCCUGUACUGUACAAUAUUAUCACGCAUUCUAAGAAAUACCGAAUCUAUUACCAUUGCAAUCAUAGUGUUUAUGCCAGCUUGAAUUUCUAUUUUUUUAAGCAAGCCAAUAUUCCCGAGACAAGAGCUCUAGUUAAUUUGUGUUUACAGCACCCUCUGGUGAUUAGAGUAUGAGUACGGCAGAUGGGAAAUAUUAGAAACGCCAACGAAAAUAUUUUACAGUCGUGAAUCUUUUUAAAUUCUGGUAAGUUUAUAGUAGUCGUUAAUCUGCCCCUGGAGUUAUUAUUAUUAUUAUUAUUAUUAUUAUAGUUGUACCCCUCUUUC